ACUCCAGGGAAAUAAGCUAAAAUUAGAGCGCUCUAUUUAUUGCUCCCGCUACUUCAACGUCUCCCAUAGGGUCCUGUGUUGAGCUGGUGUCGAGGCUCUAAAAAUGACGCCAAUUUUUGCACCCUUCUCACGAAAACCGCUCGGACCGCCUGGAAACUAAUUGUUCCGCUCUAAAAAUUUCAUGAUCGACGGGAAAAUGAAUGAGGAAAAGAUUGGUCCUGAAAUAAUUCUGAACUCCCUGUAGAACAUAUCGAAAUAUGGGUGCAAACUACGAGCACGUCAAAAUCGACAAAACAAUACAAUUAAACUUACCCGGAUUUUUUUUAUUUUCCAUGCAUCUGUGUAUGAAAUCAGUCGGUUUUUCGGAAAGAUCAUCUUCUGUUUAAUAAAAAAUUCCACAAUUGCAAUCGAGAAAAAAAAACAUUUCUGAUGUGACAGCAGUUUUGGCAUGUGCCAGUAGUGUGGCGCGCGCGGUGCUGCGUGGUCGUCGGGACGGAGUUGAGACACAUCCAUCACUUCAGGAGCUGAAAUAUGAAUUAUCAAACAAAAUUUGCAAAAUCACAGGUCUUUUCAGUAUACAGGUUUUACAGCAGCUUGGGAUCAAGGCCAAGCAAACAAGUUGAUAGGAUAUUGAGAGUUGAUCACGCAGGUGAACUAGGAGCAGACAGAAUAUACGCUGGACAAAUGGCGGUUCUAGGCAAGACCAGUGUUGGCCAAACCAUUCAGCACAUGUGGGACCAGGAGAAGGAGCACAAAGCCAAGUUUGAGGAACUGAUCCCCAAGUACAGAGCCAGACCCACUGUAAUGCUACCACUCUGGAACGUGGCAGGCUACGUUCUGGGAGCAGGUACCGCGCUGCUGGGGAAGGAGGCGGCUAUGGCAUGCACGGUGGCCGUGGAAUCGGUCAUCACCGACCACUACAACAGCCAGAUCCGCGAACUGAGCCGACUCUCGCAGGAGACCGGCGAGGAUCAUAAGGAGUUGUUAGAGGUGAUCUCGAAAUUCCGUGACGACGAGAUGGAACACCACGACACGGGCCUGGCGCACGACGCCGAGCUGGCGCCGGCGUACCAGCUGCUCUCGCAGACCAUCAAAGCCGGCUGUCAUGCAGCCAUCUGGGUCUCUGAGCGCGUCUGACGAACCUCCUAGCCUAGCGAUCGGCACUGCUUGGGAUGCUCUGUGCGGCGUGAAGCUCCUCGUGCGGCGCUGGUGGACGAGCUUUGGUGUGUCGAGUCGAGGUUAGCUUGUGUAUUGUGCCCUAUUUGUGAUAUAUUCUAUGGUGAAGUAAAUAUGUUUCUUUUUUUACGUAAA